AAACAAAAAGACAAUCAUGGGAGCUAGAGUUGUGAAUGCGAAGUUGUCUUCUCGCCGUUGAUCAUUCUCGCGAGACUUUACGGACACGGUGUAGCUGUCUGAGUUGGAGAGGAUCAUGGCGGAGCGCAGGAGGCACAAGAAGCGGAUCCAGGAAGUGAACGAGCCCACCAAGGAGGAGAAGGUGGUGGCCAAGUACCUUCGAUUUAACUGCCCCACCAAGUCCACGAACAUGAUGGGCCACCGAGUCGACUACUUUAUCGCAUCCAAGGCUGUGGACUGUCUGCUGGAAUCCAAAUGGGCCAAAGCUAAGAAGGGAGAGGAGGCGCUGUUCACCACCAGAGAGUCGGUGGUGGAUUACUGCAACAGACUCUUAAAGAAGCAGUUCUUUCACCGAGCUCUUAAGGUGAUGAAGAAAAAACCCGAAAAAGACACCAAGAAGGAGAAAGAGAAAGAAAAAAUCAAAAGUGACAGCAGCAAAGAAGAUGAGAAAAAAGGAAAGAAGGAGAAAGAGAAGAAGAAAGAGCCUGAAGUUGUGGAAACCAAGAAAGAGAAAAGCGACGACAGCCCAGGAACCCCUAAGAAGAAGAAAGAGGUGAAGAAAAAGUUUAAACUGGAGCCUCAUGAGGAUCAGUUGUUUCUGGAUGGAAAUGAGGUGUACGUGUGGAUUUACGACCCGGUCCAUUUCAAAACGUUUGCCAUGGGCUUGAUCCUCGUUAUUGCAGUGAUUGCAGCCACCCUGUUCCCGUUGUGGCCGGCAGAAAUGCGUGUUGGCGUGUACUACCUGAGUGUUGCAGCUGGCUGCUUUGUGGCCAGCAUCCUGCUUCUAGCAGUUGCUCGCUGCAUCCUCUUCCUGAUUAUCUGGCUGGUGACUGGUGGGCGUCAUCACUUCUGGUUCCUGCCCAACUUGACCGCAGACGUGGGCUUCAUCGACUCGUUCAGGCCGCUCUACACUCACGAAUACAAAGGGCCACGAACCAGUGACAAGAGGUGUUUAGAUAAGACUGACGAGAAGGACAGCAGCACCUCCCUUAAGGAUGAGAAGUCGGACAGCGAGAAGAAGGAUGCUGACGAUGAGGAAGAGGAUGAAGAGGAAGAGAGCAAAGAGGCAAAGCAAGAAGGAACAGGUGACCGCCACUCAGAUACAGACAGCGACCGCCGAGAGGACGAAGGCUCACAGCACAGCAACGGAAACGACUUUGAAAUGAUCACCAGGGAGGAGCUGGAGCAGCACACAGAAGAGGAGGAAGAUGAUGAUGAUGAUGAUGGAGAGGAGGAAGACGAGGAGACACAGGAGAGGAAAGAAGGUAGUGAAAGUGAGUCUAAACCCCAGACUGCUGAGACAUAAACUUCCUGUUCCAUCACUCUCGUUUUCUCCUCUGCCUUCCCUCCUUCCCUGCUGUGAUCCCAGGACCUGCUAGUCCAGCCUCUCUGAGUGGAGAGAAGCUCCCUCUCAUGUUGUUGAGAUCUUCCACUAAACAGUACCGGGAUAGACGGAACACUCAAAGGUUUAUGGCUAUGACAAUGGGGAAAAUGUAGAAAAAAAGAAGCCUUACAGUGGAAAUGAUUCCUUUCCAAUUAAAUGUUAUUUAUGUGAAAAUGAAACUGCUGCCGGACAUGUUUGCCUGAGGAACCUAUCGGACCAAAACGGUGUUUUACUGUGCCUUGUGUUACAAGGUUGCAUUUUACAUCAGCACCAUUUAGAGGAUAUGAAGUCAAAUGAGGAUAAUGCUGAGAAGUCAUGUUUGACUGGUUGGGAAGCACAGUACUGGUGUCGUCCUCGGAGCGUCAUAUAAAUGCCAGGGAGUCUGAUAGAUUUCUCAGACAGAAGAAUGAUCAGUUUGCCAGGUGUUCAGUCCUGCACCCAGCCAGGUGGACCAAAUCCAGAGGUUUAUUUUAAAGAAAAAAGACCAUGUUGUGACAGAUCAGAGGUCUGGAUAGCAGAGUAGUGUGGGUCUCUGAAGUACUAGCUACAGGUUCAUCUCAGUUCAUUAGUUAAUUUAUUGCACUGACUCCGUUGUAGGAAAACUCAAAUAAUAUGUAGAUUCAUGAUGCAGAGUGAUCUAUUGAAAGGUUUUAAUCCUGUUAAUAUUGAUGAUUAUGGCUUACAGCUAAUGAAAAACACAUCAGCAAUCCAGUCAUUUUUCUCCUCAGCACAGGUAAAACGCUUCUAUCCCUGCUGCUUGGGCACUUUUUUUUCUGUGUACUUUUUCCAUUCACUUAACUUUCCAUUUAUAUAGCUCAGGAAGGAUUAACUAGCCACAUCCAGCCUUUUGAAUCGCCUCCAAACACUUGAAUGUGCUUUGCUUUACAAUUCUCUCAAGACUGUGGAUGUCCCUUUUUGCUUGUGCAACCCUUUUUAACCAUGUUUUCCUUCCACUCAACUUCCGAUUAACAUGCUUGAAGACAGAAAGGCCGUAACAUCACCAAGACUUAUUUAAAAAAAAUGUUUUUUUUUCAUUAGCUAUAAGCCAUAAUUAUCAAAGUUAACAAACGCUCAAAAUAUUUUACCAUGUUAUAAAUCUUAAUUACACUUUUUGAAUUAUUUUUCCAUUUUAUCCUAAUCUAUUGAGAUGCACCUGUAUUUUCUUCUUUUAAAUGGCUCAGGAUCAUAGUGCAGUUAUUCCUUUAGUAUAAAAUAUUUCUUCAUGUAAUUUAUCUUGAAGAAUACACUUGGGCAACUGCUGACAGCUGGCCUACUAAAUAUUUCGUUAAUAUUGCUGAAUAAUUAAGAUUGUAAGACCUAAAGCUGGAGAAACCAGUGGGAACAUUACAGUGAACUUUAGUGCCAAACACCAGAUAAAAGUUAGGCUUAAACAUGAGGAGCCGAGUUCUAUUUAAUAAAGCCAUUCAUUUUGUAACCGCAGUGUCAGAUUCAUUCUCCAAACCGGCUGAAAAAUCGCAGCACAAAGUUGGCAAGCAGGUAAAGAAAGAGGAUCUUGGUCUCAGCGAAACCGGUAAACUUGCGUUCACACUAGACUCCCAACCGAAGGAGUCCAAUCUAGUCUUGCACAAGCAAUCAGUGGGCUUAUUUUUUGAGUCCAGAUCCGCUCACUGAUCGGCUGAGAUCCAGUCGCCGAGGUCCAAGCUGUUCUUUCACUUUAUAUUUGAGUUAGAAAUGGGUUAGAUGCUCUUUUUAGGCAUAGCAAGGAUUAUAUUUAAGUAUAAAACAGAAAAUGUAUCAUUUAUAUAUGGAUUCUAUUAAUGUAUCAGAUAUAUGCAUAUAGUACUCAGUCAAAAUCUAUAAAACCAGACUCAUUUUCAUCUGUGUCCCGUUAUUGUUUUUAUCUAAAUCAUCUAGUCCAGCUUUUAAAGGUAGAAUCUGUGAAUCUUUGGAUUACAGCAUUUUUAGAUUUACCACUGUGUCAAGUGUGUGAUGUGGUUGGUUGUGUGUUGCCAGGUCUGCUUUUCUCCCUCUAACAAUGGUCUGUCUGUCGUUAACCUGAAGUUAAGAAACCUGUUGCUGUAACACCAACAGUCUGAUAAAAUGGUUUAACAUCUGCCCAGCUUUCCAUAUGUUCUGUUACUUUAACUUGUCUAAUCGGUAGUGGGUUUUUUUUCCUGCCGUAGUCCUAAUGAGGUGUGUAGCUCUCUUGACUUUCUAAGUUGCAUGUUGUCAUGUUUGUCGUUCUGUUUUCAUCCUUUUAUUUUCCUUCAUUUUUUUAAACGGGCAAAAAUGCAUCUGUUUGCAGAGCUGCCAGCGGAUAGCCGUUUCACACGAAGAAAAGAAACUAUUCUCGACUUACAACUGUCGGUCUGUUGUGUAUCAUAGUAUUACUCUAUGCUGCUGCUGCUUCUCAUCGCACAUUUCUAGGGAAAAUUAAAGUGCAAAAUGUAAAACUUUCAACGUUUUAUCUCUGGUGUAUUUUUGAUCACCUUGUCAAUAUCAUUCUUAAGACUGUCUCCUAAGAUAUCAAAGUGUAAUUUACUGAAAUUGGAUGUCUGGAUUAUAUCUGUAUGUUAUUAUUGCAAUAAAAACCUAGAAAGCA